AUGACAGAAAUCACUGCUGAUUUCAAUGUCUGCCUUAAGGAGAAAGGAGGCCAAGUAGUAUUGAAGAAAGAAUACGAUAUUCACACCAUCAACUCUUUCCUUCAAGAGGCAUAUGCCAUAAACACCCACAUUACUGACCUGAUACGCGAUUUGCGAGCCAAACGACCUGCCUAUCUAUCUGCUGCCCCACCCUCACGACGACGACAACAAGUUGGGCCAGGACCGGACGGCAAUCGUGCCCGACCUCUGACAGACCGUGAACGUGACGCUUUCGACGCCGAGACAAAACGACUGCUGAAGCAACUUAGCGGCGCGAUCACAGCUUUGAAGCAGGUCGAAGAUGCCAGGAACGAGGCAGCGGAGGUGGUGGCACUUCGGAAAAGAGCAAGAGGUGGACUAGGUGGUUUGGGAAGAUGGGCAGCAGGUGGCGCGGUGACGGCCAAGUCUCCUGAGGAAGAGAUGGAAGAAGCGGCGCGCAAAACAAUCUCUGCCGUUCGCGAGAGCGUGAUUCUAUAUUUACAGACCAAACUGAAAGAUGCCAGUUCCAUCCAGCAGGAAAUGAUGGACGCGCGAUUACGCAGAGCAGAAGAGAAGGCGAAAUCCAUCCUCGCCAAAUCCACCGUUGGCGCAAAUGUCCAACACGCGCUCGACGAGCAAGCAAGCACAGUGCAUCGAAGUCAGGAUCCAGACGCAACAGAAACUCUAACUCCCGAACAACUCCAAACCUUCCAAUCCGAAAACCACGAACUCCUCAAACACUACGAAACCCAACUCGACCAAGUGCGCACCGCUGAGCGCUCCAUUCUCGAAAUCUCGGAACUCCAUACCACGCUUCACGCCAAUCUUUCCCAGCAAGCGGAACAGAUUGAACAGCUGGUGCAGGACUCGUAUUUGACGACGGAGAAUCUUGGGAAGGGGAAUCAAGAGCUCAAGCGAGCGAGUGAGAGGAGGAGUACGGCUCAGGCGCUUUUUUGGUCUUCGGCUGCUUUUUGUUCGGUGCUAGUGAUUUGGGAUUUGGUUUUUUGA